AUGGCCAAUGUCUCCAUGGCGACGGAAUUCCUCCUGCUGGGGGUCUCGGAGGUCCGGGAGCUGCAGCUGGCCCAUGCCGCGCUGUUCCUUCUGGUCUACCUGGUGGCCCUGACGGGGAAUCUCCUUAUCAUCACCAUCACCUCCCUUGACCAACGCCUCCACAGUCCCAUGUACUUUUUCCUCAGGCACCUGUCCAUCCUUGACCUCUGCCUCAUCUCUGCCACUGUCCCCAAAUCCAUCCUCAAUUCUUUGACAAACAGCAGAUCCAUCUCUUUCCUGGGGUGCACUACACAAGUCUUUGUAUUGAUUCUUUCUGGUGGUUCAGAGGUUUUCAUCCUCACAGCAAUGUCCUAUGACCGCUAUGCAGCCAUCUGCUGCCCCUUGCGCUAUGACAUCAUCAUGAACCGAGAGGUUUGUGGGAAGAUGGCCGCCGUCUCCUGGCUCAGCGGGGGUCUCUACUCCCUGAUGCACACGGCCACCACCUUUUCCUCCCACUUUUGCGCUCCUCACAUCAUCCACCAGUUCUUCUGUGAAGUACCCCAGUUGCUCAAACUCAUGUGCCCUGGAGAGGCACGAGCAGAGGUCAGUGUUCUUGUCCUUAGUGUUAUUUUGUUUUCGGGCUGCUUUUUAUCCAUCCUCGUAUCUUAUGUCCACAUCCUCUUGGCGGUGCUGAAGAUGCCAGCGACCGAGGGUCGGACCAAAGCCUUCUCCACCUGCAUGCCUCACCUCGCCGUUGUCUCUCUGUUUCUUUUCACGAGUGCAUUUGCCCAUCUGAAGCCACCUUCAUCCUCCCCAUCCACGCUGGACCUGCUGGUGUCCGUGUUCUACACAGUGCUGCCCCCGACCCUGAACCCCCUCAUCUACAGCCUGAGGAACAAGGACAUGAAGGCCGCCCUGGGGAAGAUCUUCUCUGUUCACUUCACUUCCGGGGUGAACUGA